UUCCCUGCUGCCCGCCACCCCCGGGGUCCGGGCUCCCAUGAUCCCCUGCUGCCCCCCACCCCAGGGAACCCAAGGUCUGGGCUCUUAAACCCCCUCCUCCCAACCCCCCCACCCCUGGGCGCCCAGGCAUUCAGGCCCCCGCGCCCCCAGCCAUGGCUGCUCCUGCCCCAGGCGGGGCAGGGUCGGGGGGCAGCGGGGGGGGCGUCGCUGAGCUGGUGCCUGGCGCAGCUGCGCGGCGCGACGGAGCCGGGGCUGGGCCGGGCGCUGCUGGCCCUGCGGACCCGCCACAUCCAGGCCCCCGGCGGCAUCGCCCGGUUCCGGGCCCGGGGGGGGCUCGCGCCCCUGCUGGGCCUGCUCGGGCCCGGCCCUGGGGCCCCCGGCAGCCCCACGCUUCCGGCCCGCCGCACCCUGGACCUGGCACUCAGCAUCCUGGGCAACUGCUGCACCGAGCCUGGCAGCCGCACCCGGGUGCGGGAGCUGGGCGGCAUCCCUGUGCUGGUGGCCAUUUUGAAGUCGAACCCCAUCGAGAGCAUCCAGAACCGCACGGCGCGGGCCCUGGGCAACCUGGCCAUGGAUCCUGAGAGCUCGCAGGCCAUCCACGAUGCUGGCGCGGUGCCCCCCCUGGUGGCCCUGGCCGCGGGCGGGGGGGCCAGCCCCUGCCUGCAGAGUGCGGUGCGGGCGCUGCGCUGCCUGGCUGACACUACGCAGCACCGGGCAGCGCUGGUGCAGCAGGGUGCAGUGCACCCCGUGGCCUCGUGCCUGGGCGCCGGGGACCCUCCUUUGGUGGCGGCGGCGGCGCGCGCCCUCCUGGAGCUGACCCGCGGCUGCACCCGCGCAUGCGCACAGCAGCUGAGUGCUGGUGGUGCUCUGCCACCCCUCGUUGCACUGGCAUGCGCUGAGAAGAAGUCCCUCCAGGACGCAGCGCUGGGUGCCCUCGCCAACGCCUGUCUGCAGGGCAUGCUGCGCCCCGCUCUGGGCAGCGCUGGUGCCGUGGAGGCUGUGGUGAGCGCCGUGGCACAGCGCCGGCCCCCCCCUGCUGCCCUGGUGCGGGCGCUCUGCCUGCUGUGCCGUGAGGCUGUCAACCGGGCCCGGGUGCGGGCAGCUGGGGGGCUGGGGACCAUGCUGGCGCUGCUGCGGGACCCAUGCCAGGCCUGGUGCCACGGCCGCGUGGUGGGCGCCCUGGUGGCCUUCUUCUAUGACCACGAGGCAAUGGAGGACCUGGAGGCCGGGGGGCUUGUGCCCCUGCUGGUGGCCAUGGUGGCUGCCCAGGGCCGUGCUCCACCCGGGGAUGCCAACUGUCGGCGGCAGAGGCGGGAGGAGGUGGAGGAGGAGCAGGAUGAGGACGGGCCUGACGCUGCCUCUGCUGACUACCCCGAGGAGCCCGGGCGGGAGGCAGCUGUGGAGGGGGAGUCGCCCAGUUUCCAGAGCCUCAGGUCAUGGCUGCUGUCGGAGGGCGUCAUCGCCAGCCCAGGGGACGUCUCCCCGCCUCAGUGGUCGCCUGACCGGUCUCUCAGCCCUGUCCUGGACCUCCCGGGGGUGGAGCCUGAGGUAGGCCCUGCCCCCCCAGCGCUGACAUCAGUGAGAAACCCCUUGGAGAUGACGUCGCCGGUGCUGGUGUUGCCACGGCCACGGCUGCCCUCUGACCUCUUGCUGGCCCCAGUGUCGUCACGGAAACGACUGUCCAGCCACCUGACAUCACAGCAGCUGCCACCUGGUGACCCCACAGUAACAUCAUCGUCAUCAUGGCAGCUGCCACCCAGUGAUGUCACGGCGAUGUCAUCAUCGUUGCAGCAAGCACCACCCAAUGACCUCAUGGUGAUGUCAUCAUCACGGCAGCCACCACCCGAUAACCUCACGACAGUGUCCUCAUCACGGCAGCCACCACCCGAUGACCUCACGGCAAUGUCAUCACUACGGCAGCCCCCACCUGGUGAUCUCACAGUGACUUUAUCAUCAUCGCAGCAGUCCCCACCUGGAGACCUCACAGCGACAUUGUCACAGCAGCUGUCGUCACCCAUUGAUCUCACAGCGACGUCAUCAUCAUCAGAGCAGCUGCCCCCCAGUGACCUUACGGUGAUGUUAUCAUCACAGCAGCCCCUACCCAGUGACCUCACAGUGACAUCAUCAUUGGCACAGCAGCCGCCCCCCAGUGACCUCACGGCAACGCCGUCGUUACGGCAGCUGCCAGCGCUGGUGUUGCCACAGCCCCCAGAGGCCCUGCCCCUCCCCCCCCGCCUGGCCCCGCCCCCCCCACUGGGCUGGGAGCCCCCUGGGGAGGGCUGGGGGGGCCCCGAAGGCCCGGCCCUGCUGCUGCUGUCUCGCUACUCGCAGGCUGUGACGCCGGCGCGGGGGCUGGUGACGGGGCCGGCGCUGCGGGGGCUGCUGGAAUACGUGACGGAGGCGCCAGCCCCCUCCCCCCGUGGGCGACGCCUCCUGCAGCGCCUGGCCCGUCACCCUGCCUGCCUCGAGCCCCUCGUGCGCUGUCGCGCGCCUGGCCUGCUGCGGGCUUGGCUCAUCCUCGGCCUCCGCCCCCGCUCCACCGAGGGACCCGGGAGUCCGGGUGAGGAGCUGGAUGUGCCCGGGAGUCCGGGCGAGGAGGUGGAGGAACCUGGGAGUCCAGGUGAAGGACCCGGGAGUCCGGGCAGGGCACCUGAGGGACCCAGGAGUCCGGCUGAGGGACCGGGGAGUCCGGACAGGGUCUCCAAGAGAGCCAGGAGUCCGGGCACAGAGGUGCAGGAGCCCAGGAGCCCGGGCCGGGUGCCCAAGAAACCCCGUCAUCUGGCUGAGGGACCCAGGAGUCCGGGCGAGGCCCUCGAGGAACCCAGGAGUCCCGUCCCUCGCUUCGAGGAGUUCGGGGAGUCGCUGCUGCUGGGCUUGCGGGUGACGGCCGAGUCGCCCUUCGGCGCCGGGGUUCUGACCCACAUGCUGCUCUCGGGGCCCCCCAGCGAUCGCCUGGCCUGCGCCCUUGCCGUGCCCCUCCUCUGCAGGAAGGAGCUCCCCCUGUGCCGCAAGUUGCUGCUGGACCACUCAGGCCUGGUGCUGCUGACCGAGGCCCUGGCCCGGCCCCCGCCAGCCCCCUUCGCCCUUUACGCCGCCGAUGCCUUGGCCCUGCUCUUGGGCUCUCCCCAUGGCCCUGGCAAGCACUCGCCCCCACCCACUGGGCCUGCCCUGGCCUGUCCCUAUGCCCACGUGGUGGCAUCGGAGGCGGCCGACCUGCGGUUCCUCCUGGACUGUGGUGCCCAGGUCCCAGCCUCACGCCAGGUGCUAGACACGGCGUCUGACGUCUUCCGCGCCAUGCUGGGGGGGGGCUUUGCUGAGGCCCGGCUGGCCCUGAUCCCCCUCCGGGGGGUGGCCCUGGCCGCCUUCCUGCCCCUGCUGCAUCACCUGCACGGCUGCCGCGGCUGCCAGGCCCUGGCGGGGCCCUUUGGGAUCCCGCUCGGCACCCGGGUGCUGGAGGUGGCCGGGCAGUUCCUGGCCCCGGGGCUGGUGGAGGAGGUGGAGGCUGCCUUGAGCGCCCAGUACCUGGCCGGGGCUGACCCCCGGGGCCCGGCCCAGCUCUACAGCCUGGCUGAGCGGCUGGGCCGCCUGGGGCUGCAGCGCGCUUGUGUGCGCCACGUGUUGUGCGGGUGCUACCCGGGGCCAUGCCAGCGGGCCGAUGCGCUGGUCCGCCUGGCCCGGGCGGCUGGGGAUGAGCGGGCGCUGGCCGGGCAUUUGCUGGCCAUGGCUACUGAGGCAGCUUGGGGGACCCAGGAGUCCACGCCUUGAG